CCGCUGCAGACAGGGCAGAGCUGAAGAGCGCCAUUGCUGCCGUUGCCGCCAUUAUUUCCAUCUCUAAAGUUUAAACCUCAGUGGACAAUCAAUGGCAGCGUAACUAUUAACAACUAGUGUAUAAUGUUCACUCUCUCUCGCAAAUUCUUCUCAACUAAUUCCAUUUCCUAUCUGCCCAAACAGCUCUCUCAAUACAAACUUACGCCUACUUUCGUUCCUUUUUCUCAGCUUCAACAACAGCUGAGUCUCCUAGAGUCCCAACUCGUCUCCACCCUUGAUGCCUGCACCAACCUCGCUCAAAUCAAACAAGUCCACAAUCACAUUUUACGUACAGGCCUUGACCAGUGUUGCUAUGUCGUCACCAAACUCGUACGGACGCUCACCAACCUCAAUGUUCCCAUGGACCCAUACCCUCGCUCCAUAUUUGAUCAGGUCAAGUGUCCUAAUCCAUUUCUUUACUCUGCUGUCAUUCGGGGUUAUUCACUCCAAGGACCUUUAAGCGAAUCUAUUAAAUUGUAUGGUUUGAUGAGAACAGAAGGUGUUAGGCCUGUGUCAUUUACGUUUUCAGCUAUUCUUAAGGCGUGUAGUGCACUGUUGGAUGUAAGUUUGGGGAGGCAGAUGCAUGCACAGUCGAUUUUGAUUGGUGGGUUUUGCUCUGAUUUGUUCGUCGGGAAUACUUUGAUUGAUAUGUAUAUAAAAUGCGGGUUUUUGGAGUGCGGGCGUAAAGUGUUUGAUGAAAUGCCUGACAAGGAUGUGAUUUCUUGGACGGGGUUAAUUGUUGCUUAUGCAAAGAUUGGCGAUAUGGAAACUUCAAGGGAGUUGUUUGAUGGCUUGCCCGUGAAGGAUAUGAUGGCUUGGACAGCAAUGGUUACAGGUUUUGCACAAAAUGCUAGGCCGAGAGAGGCCAUAGAGUUUUUUGAGAGAAUGCAGAACGCUGGUGUUGGAACUGAUGAAGUAACUUUGAUUGGUGUUAUUUCGGCUUGUGCUCAAUUAGGUGCAGCUAAAUAUGCUGAUUGGAUUCGUGAUAUCGUUGAGAAACGUGGGUCUGCUGCUGGUCACAGUGUUGUCCUGGGAUCAGCUUUGAUCGAUAUGUACUCAAAGUGCGGAAAUGUCGAGGAUGCUUAUAAAGUUUUUGCCGGAAUGAAUGAUAGGAACGUGUUUUCAUAUAGCUCAAUGAUUAUGGGUUUUUCCGUGCAUGGUCGUGCGGAUGAUGCAAUUAAAUUGUUUAACGAAAUGGUUAAGACGGAGAUAAAACCAAACAAGGUUACCUUUAUUGGGGUUCUAACUGCGUGUGUUCAUAGAGGUAUGGUCGAUGAAGGUAUGAGCAUAUUUGAUUCUAUGGAGAAAUGUUAUGGUGUUAAACCAUCAGCUGAUCAUUAUACUUGCAUAGUGGAUCUGCUUGGACGAGCUGGGCGUUUAGAAGAGGCCCUAGAACUUGUUAAAACAAUGCCAAUUGAGCCCCAUGGAGGAGUGUGGGGAGCGCUGCUUGGAGCUUGUCGCAUCCAUGGCAAUCCUGACAUUGCUACAAUCGCAGCUAGCCAUUUGUUUGAGCUUGAACCCAAUGCCAUUGGAAAUUACAUCAUGCUUUCUAACAUAUAUGCAUCAGCUGGAAGGUGGCUUGAUGUUUCAUGGGCAAGGAAACUUAUGAGAAGGAAAGGUCUGAAGAAAAAUCCUGGAUGUAGCUGGAUUGAACCAAGGAAAGGAGUGAUUCAUGAGUUCUUUUCAGGGGAUAUGACCCAUCCAAUGUCUAGUGAGAUUAAGCAAGUGCUAAUGGAUCUUCUGGAUAGAUUGGAGGCUACAGGGUACCAACCAAAACUGAGUUCUGUUCCUUAUGAUGUGAGUGAUGAAGAAAAGAGACGUAUACUGAUUACUCAUAGUGAGAAAUUAGCUUUAGCAUUUGGGUUGAUCAGUAUGAAUCCUGGUUGCUCUAUAAGGAUUAUGAAGAACUUAAGAAUUUGUGAAGAUUGCCACUUAGUAAUGUGUGGUGCAUCUCAAAUCACGAAGAGAGACAUUGUUGUUAGGGAUAACAUGAGAUUUCAUCAUUUCUGUAAUGGGACAUGCUCUUGUGGUAAUUUCUGGUGACUGAAUGUGGGGUUUAAAUAUUCUUUGGGAUUGAAGAUUGGCCGUUAGAAUCCUUUCUUCACAUGGAUGGUCUGUUACAGAGGGAUCACUUGUGUAUUGUUGCAUAAACUUUCCUGCUAAAGAUUCCUUUCAUCAAUGCAAACAGUCAGAAUUCUGUUGCCCUAAUAAUUUUGCACUUGUUUCUACAAAUCUUCUGCUUGAUACUUCACGUGUAAGAGCUUCGGUCAUUUGUGGGAGACAUUUUGUUCUGGUAUGACUUAUCUCUUGCAGAUUUUGAGGCAUUGGUUUUCAAGCUUUGGCAUGGCAUACAAAUAAAUGGUGCAUAAAUAUUUGUUGGCGAGGGCAAAAAUAAGUGCACUUAUAUGUUUGUAUAUGGGCGACUAUACAUGCAACAAAUUUGGGGAAAAAAAAGGCAGUGGGGCACUUGCUUCUGUGCUCCUUCUGUAUGUGCUAGUGUGUCAGUUUAACAAUGACAUUUCUCAUUAUUUUGGCAUAUAGUACAGGCAUACAAAUUAUGUUUGUGAAUAUUCUACAGCUUGAUAUUUGGCACUUUGCAAUGGCAAUUCUGCAAGGAUAUCAGAUAUGAUUCAAGACAUCCUUCUUUAUGACCAUCCACCAUCUAUAUGAGGUGCCAGUGGAGGUGAUGUUCCGUUAGUAACUACCAUCUCUGGAGCAGUAAGCCACAGCAGCUGCCAAGGGCACGUCAGUUGUUCUGGAAUCUGUCAAAAUAAUGCAAUAUUCAGAAGUUUGAUUGUGAUGAAACAGCUCCUAGCUGCCAGUGCGUGCAACUGCUUAAAAAGGUUCCUCCUAACUGACAUAUGCAUGUCAAAAUCUUUCCCUAUGUUUGGCAUUAUCUGUUGGAUCUUGAAUAUUUAUUCUGUGCUCAAAAGUCUAAAUACUUAAAUAGAUAUUACCGAUAAUUUUAUGCA